AUGCAGACGUUCUCAGAUGCCAUUGAGAAGGAGAGCGAGAGGCUUUCGGCGUUGAAUGCGGUGCUGCCGGGAACUGGAGGGGUUGUGAUGGGUCAGAGGGGGCUGAUUACGCAGCAGCAGCAGCAGGGGCAGGGGCGGGGAGUGCAGGAGAAGGGUGAUGGGCGAGAGGGGCAGGGGCAGCAAGGGAAGGCCGAGAAGGCCGGGAAGGCUGAGGAGGUGAGUGAUGAUGAGGGGAGCGACAUGGAGGAUGGGGAGCGGAGUGAGGGAGAAGAGGAGGAGGAGAGUGAGAAGGAGAGUACGAGGGAUGGAGAGAGUGAUGGCAUGGAGGAAGAGGAGGAGGAGAGGGGAGAGGGAGAGGAGGAGGAGGAGGAAGGAGAGGAGGAAGGAGAGGAGGAAGAAGAGGAAGAGGAGGAAGAAGAGGAGGAAGAGGAGGAAGUGGAGGAAGUGGAGGGGGCUGAAGGAGAGGGGAAAUCAGUCUCUGGAGGAGGAGGUGGGAUGAGUAACGGAGGGGAGCAUGCAGCUGGGAGAAAUAGUGAUGGAAGAAAGCGGGAAGGGAGCCUGCUGGAGAAGGAGGAGGAGGAGGAGGAUUCAUUGCAAGACUCUGUUAGCGACAGCAGCACUGGUGCAGCCACUGCUGAUGCUGCUGCUUCGGCCGAUGCCCCUGUUGCUACUCUUCCCGCCUCCGUUUCCCCUUCUCCCGCCCCAUCCCCUGCCCCUCCAAUUGCACCCACCCCUAAACUCCCCACCCCUCCUGCCACCACUCCUCCCCCGACCACCACCCUCUCAAACACCCCCCCUCUCACCACCCAUCGCGCCCUCCCCAUCACUCCCACUCCCCCCACCACCGCCACCGCCCCUCCACCCAUCUCCGUGAUCCUAAUAGACACAGACACGCCCAACUGGCAAUUCUCCCUCGCCGCAAUCCGCUCUAACCGCCUCUUCACGCGCUGCCCAGUCGUCCUCGUGGUCGCCCGAACCGGUCCCGAGGUGGAGGGAGUAGCAGCAGCGGCAGGGGUCGCAGUGCUGCUGCUGAAGCCGCUGCGGAGAGCGUCGGUGGGAGCGGCUUUGGUGCAGGCGCUGGGGCUGUCGAGGCUGGAUUCUUCUCAUGUGGCGAAUCCGGGGGCGCCGGUGGGAGCGACGGUUGCGGAGAAGCUGCAGCAGAUGAUGUGGGGGAAGCGGAUUCUGUGUGUGGAUGACAACAUGGGUGAGUGGGCAGGGAAGGGACGGGGUGAGAAGGGGGGAGUGUGUGGGUUGUCAAGUUGUUGUCUCAUGAUGCGGGGGAAGCGGAUUCUGUGUGUGGAUGACAACAUGGGUGAGUGGGCAGGGAAGGGACGGGGUGAGAAGGGGGGAGUGUGUGGGUUGUCAAGUUGUUGUCUCAUGAUGCGGGGGAAGCGGAUUCUGUGUGUGGAUGACAACAUGGGUGAGUGGGCAGGGAAGGGACGGGGUGAGAAGGGGGGAGUGUGUGGGUUGUCAAGUUGUUGUCUCAUGAUGCGGGGGAAGCGGAUUCUGUGUGUGGAUGACAACAUGGGUGAGUGGGCAGGGAAGGGACGGGGUGAGAAGGGGGGAGUGUGUGGGUUGUCAAGUUGUUGUCUCAUGAUGCGGGGGAAGCGGAUUCUGUGUGUGGAUGACAACAUGGGUGAGUGGGCAGGGAAGGGACGGGGUGAGAAGGGGGGAGUGUGUGGGUUGUCAAGUUGUUGUCUCAUGAUGCGGGGGAAGCGGAUUCUGUGUGUGGAUGACAACAUGGGUGAGUGGGCAGGGAAGGGACGGGGUGAGAAGGGGGGAGUGUGUGGGUUGUCAAGUUGUUGUCUCAUGAUGCGGGGGAAGCGGAUUCUGUGUGUGGAUGACAACAUGGGUGAGUGGGCAGGGAAGGGACGGGGUGAGAAGGGGGGAGUGUGUGGGUUGUCAAGUUGUUGUCUCAUGAUGCGGGGGAAGCGGAUUCUGUGUGUGGAUGACAACAUGGGUGAGUGGGCAGGGAAGGGACGGGUGAACCUGAGUGUGGCGUGCAAAAUGGCUCCCCUCAACCCGAGGGUGGCGUGCAACCCAGCUCCCCCCAACCCGAGGGUGGAAUGCAAAAUGCUGUUCCCUACUCCCCUUUUUCAUGCCCGUUCCCACCCCCUUUUUCCUAUUCCCCCUCAUCCCCUCCUCCCCUCCUCCCCCCAAUGCAUGAACCUGAGGGUGGCGUGCAAGAUGCUGUCCAUUUUUUCCCAUUUCCAUGCCCACUCCACCCCUUUUUUCCUAUUCCCCUCCAUGCCCUCCUCCCCCCUCCCCCUCCAUGCAGUGAACCUGAGGGUGGCAUGCAAGAUGCUGUCCAAGUACGGUGUAUCCACCGCCACAGCCUCCAGUGGCCAGCGCGCGCUACAGCUGCUACAGCCGCCGCACCAGUUCGACCUCGUCUUCAUGGACCUACAGGUGGGGUCUCUCUAUCGAACGCGUGUGCCUCCUCCUACCCAGUGCUACAGCGCCACAGUAGUCGCUACAGCCGCUACAGCCGCCGCACCUGUUUGA